UGGGUUUACAUGCCUCUUGAUCCCGACAUACCUUUAGUUCCGGAAGAUCAUAAUGAUAUGGACGAGGCAGAACUAAAAACUUUUGCAAUGCUUGCAACAUUGGUGAAUAAUAAGAAGAAAUGUCAAUUCUACACUAAUCAACUUGGCUUGUGCCUAAAACGAGUGGAUGAGAUAAAGGAAGCUCAUCGCGCAGCUCUGCAGCAAAACGACACUUUACCAGAGUUACCAAAGUUGCUACAAGAGGACAUAGCAAAGUUUUGUGCAAAACUGCAGCCUUAUGCAUCUAUUCCUGUAGAUGUUUUCGCACAUUCCGACGAUUGCUGGUUGUCUGCAAUAGCUCCUGUGGCGCCAGAGCUCAUGGAACUGUUUGGAGGAAGUCCUGUUACAAAAUCACUGAGCAUAGCAACAGGAAAAGAAGAUCUUUCUGAUCUCAACGCGGAUGAAGCUUUACUGACAGAAGAAGAGCAAGAAAAACUUGCCAAGGACAUAGAAGGACUCUCAGAUGACUACAAAGCCAUGAUACUUGGCAUAAUUGCCACAGAUGAAAACGUUGAAGUUCAUGCAGAUGAUGAAGACGUUUAUUUCGAUCUCACAAACGCGAAACCGUGCACAUUUCAUAGGUUGAAAGAAGCUAUUGUCACAAUUCUGGAAGGAGAGCGUCUUCGUGGCAAGUUUGCUAAUGUUUUUUGA